UCUGUGUAAAAUGUUUCUAUUUUAUGAGUAUAUCAAUAUGCAUUGCACAAUGUAAAUCUCCUUCAAAUUUUUUCUAGGAUCAUAUUCAAGUUCCUUUCCUAGUGCUUGAUUAAUUUUCCUACUUUUAUUGUUUUAUUUUUUUUUUAAAUAAAGAAAAUGUUUGAUCUGUGUGUGUUUUUGUGGUAAAAAAUUUAUGUAUUCAUCAAAGAUCCAUUUGAACAAUGUUUAUUAUUUCUUAUUAAGUGGUUUUUUCCAGUGAUUUUUGUUUUUUGAAUAUUGUUGUUAUAAUCUUUAAUUGAUUUAAUAUGACUGUGUAUGGAUAAUGAUGAUCUUUAUGUAACAAUUGUGGAUUUUGUUUGUUUGUGAAAAUCAACUAACAAUACUUUAUUUAUUUAUUUGAUUUUAUUUUUGUCACUUUUGAAAAUAUUGAAGGGUAUGUAUCUGCUUCAGAUUCAAACAGGAUAACAGUGUCUUCAACAUGGGGUGAAUAGUUGUUCUUCUAAUGUCCAUUUACAUGUUCUGAUCUGGGGGGGUGUCAUCGAAACUCGAGGAAGCUCGCUUUAUGUUUUCUAAUGACUUUUUCUUGUAGGGAUGAUUUUCUGAGAUAUGAUUAUGCAGAAGAGGUUGGAUUACAGUUUUAAUGGCUAUCAAGUUCCUAGAGCUUCAAGAUCUCCUAGGGGGAGGGGUACAGUCAGGAAGAGACCUGACAGCAAUCGGAUACAAGCAUUUGAUAUUUUGGCUAGUGUAGCGGGCAACCUUUUGCAGAAGAAUCAGAGUUCCAUUCCCGAUAAUGCUGCUUCUGCGAAAGAUCCUCUCGCUGUUUUUGGUAUUAACAUAAAGGAAAAUAAACAAGAGAAUCAAGUAGGAUCGUUUAAGGAGGAGCAAUUUGAGAAUGGAACUUGCAGUGAAGUUGUCUCUGGAUGUGUCCCUAGUUUGCAAGGGAAACAUGAAAAUCAAAGAGUCGCAGGUGAUUCAUCGUUUCAUGACAAUCAUCUUGAAGGGCAAGGACAGAAUGUCAUUGAGAGGGAAGAUGAACGUGUGAAAUUGAGAAGUACAAACGAGAAAACUAUUCGCAUCAAAAACCGAUCUGAUGGAUUAAUAGAACCAAGCCAAAGAGCAUCAAGAGAUUGCAGUGCGGAAAAUCAUGUGGAGAAACCUUCAUUGGAGGGCCAUUUCCGCAGGAAUCUUGAUUCUUUACCGAAUGGUUCCGGUACUAGGAAAUUACUUAAUAGAGAUGAUGACGAAAACUUUGUUCGGUCCACUGAACUGAACUCAAAGAAUAAGAUACCUGACCCACCGACAGAUACAAUAAAGGUUAAGGAUGCAAGUCCUUUCGUGAAUGAUGAGAACAAUAGUGGGGACAAUUCUGUGCUUGAAAAUUCAGAAAUGAUGUAUCCAUUUAAGAAAAGAAAGUUUUUCUAUCAAACCUCAUCGUCUACGUCUGAUAGUUGGUCUCACUGUCAAGGCACAGUUGAUUCUUCUUGUACAAGGGUUAAUGGCACGAACCAUGGUACAGGCGGAACAAUGCAUGUAAUUGAAGAAUCGUCUUCUAUAGCUGAUGAAGAAGUUCAUCCUGAGUCCAAGGGUUGUAACGUGAAGCUUAGCAUAAAAUCCUUUAAAGUCCCAGAGCUUUUUAUUGAUAUCCCUGAAACUGCAACUAUUGGUUCGCUGAAGAGGACAGUAAUGGAAGCCGUGACAACUAUACUUGGAGACGAACUGCACGUAGGCAUCCUUCUUCAAGGGAAGAAGAUUAGAGAUGACAGUAAAACUUUGAUCCAGACCGGGAUAUCUCAAGAUGACAAACGUCAUAGGUUAGGGUUCAUGUUGGAGCCGAGACAUAAUCGAAUUUCAUCUUCAUACAAUGAAGACCCUUGUUUCCUAACCACUGGUUCACAACCAAAACUUUCUAGGCAAUCAACAUCUUUAAUGUUACAACAAGGAACAUAUAAUGUAUCUCGGGAACGUUCUACGGUCAAAAUUGAAAAUUGCGCCGAAGGUGAUCUCAACAUGGUCUCCUCUCUAGGAGAAGCUUCAGCUAACAACAAUAACAUGUCAAAGUGUCGAGCUCUAGUCACAGUUCCUGCCAUUAACAUGGAUGCAUUAGCUGUGGUUCCAUACCGGCGUAAAUCAGGGAAUUCCUACUUUGGACAGCGCCGAAUCAGGAGGCCAUUUUCGGUUCUAGAAGUAGAAGCAUUGGUUCAGGCAGUUGAAAAACUAGGAACUGGAAGGUGGCGUGAUGUCAAACAACGUGCUUUUGACCAUGCAAAGCAUCGAACUUAUGUCGAUUUGAAGGAUAAGUGGAAGACCUUGGUUCACACAGCAAGAAUUUCUCCUCAGCAAAGGAGAGGAGAACCUGUUCCUCAAGAGCUUCUCGACAGAGUCUUAUCUGCUCAUGCCUAUUGGUCUCAACAACAAUGCAAGCAUCAAUUUAAAUCAAUGUGAACCUUCUUACAUAUUGAAGAAAGAAGAAGAAGAAGAACAAGUUACACUGCUGCAGAAGUAUACAGUCUUCAAAAAGAUUUAGUGUAGUUAUGCUAAAAGUUGAUAGUAUAUAUUAAUCUCAAUAUAUUUACUCAAAUAUAUAUUAUGAUCCAUAAUUUAUAUUCCCUAAACCAGGUAAAGGUUUGGGUGAUUUGUACAUGAUUAUAAUUUGACCAUAUGGUUACAUUUACCAUACCUAAUGGUCAAAUAUUGGUAAGUAUGCUAUCAAAAGCAAACUAGAAUAAUGAAAUGUGUAUAGAAGUUGACAACACAUGAGUUUGUUACUAGUGACUUGUAAUCUUGAAUAUUACACAUAAAGAAUGACCUAUGAAGAGGUACAAUUGAAUAUUUUCCCUUGCAAA